GUUUGCUGUUACGUUCUCGUUGUGUUCAACAUGGCGACCCCCAUAGAUUUAGAGCUGAAGAAGGUAAAUCAUUUAACCCUCUUUUAAUUAUUUAUAUUAAAUACAAUAGUAGAAUAAGUUAAGUUAACGGCGACAUGAUUCAAGUGUUUUCAAAAUGAUGUAUGUGUUAUUUAUAACAAAGCGUUAAGAUGUGAUUGAGUCAUGCUGCAUGGCUUGUGCGCUAAGGUUAGCUAGCUAGCCAACGUUAGUUUCUGAAUUCAUGCACUGUCAGUUAGCUAGCUAAGAUCGUGGCAGUUAGGUUAGCUAUCUAGCUACAGUGUAGAUACUAACUAGAUGAAAAUGAGAUUUGACACAAUUAGUCAUCACUUUAAUUUUCAUCAGCCAAUAUUAGACCUAGCUGGUCAAACAAAACUAAUACAAGUAAAAGCACAAGGCUGUUCUAGCUAGCCUGGUAACUAACGCUAACUGUAAUGAGCAAAGAUGGUUCCUCAGUGAUAGGACAAUGGGAUCAUCAAUAAUUUUGACCAGACCAAGGUUCACUAUUUGCAAUCAUUUCAAAUACUUACUGAAGCUAUGCUAGUCUUGAGCUUGCCUGUUGCAAUAGAACCAAUAGAAAAGUGUAAACCCCACCCACCGAGCACUCCAGGCAGCCUAAAGCAAUUGUUCAAACGAUUUUUAAGACUUCAAAUAUGUGUUGUAUUGGAACUCCGGUAUGAUUUUGAGGUUUGAAAUAAUGCUGUCUUAUUUGUUCAUGCAGGCCUUUGCAGAGCUGCAAUCGAAAAUGAUUGACACACAACAAAAGGCGAAACUGGCAGAUCUUCAGAUCGACCAGCUCACUCGCAUGAAGAAACAUGCCAACCUGACACAUGCAGAAAUAAAAACCCUACCAGACAACACCCGCAUGUAUGAAGGAGUAGGACGCAUGUGAGUAGUAUUCUCUGGCUGUUUACUAUCAGAAUUCACUAAGAGAACACUUCCCAUGAAGAAACAUAGGUAACACUUUACUGUAGGUGUCCUUAUGUAUGCAUUCAUAUAGCCUUUAUGACAGAUAUAUAACGCACUAUAACAUUUGUCAUAACCUGUCAUAAGUAGUUAUAAAUAGUUAUGAGUAAUGACAUGAAAUGGUAUUUUAAAAAACUAGUUAUAAUGGGUGUUGUAGAUCAGGGGUUCCCAAAUCUUGUUGGUGGAGAGAAUUUUGCACGUUUAAAGCGUAUUUCCUGCAAUUCUACACUGUCAUGGGGUGCAAAUAAUAUUUUGCAGUUUUAAAACACAUUUUCUUGCAAUUCUAGGGGGCGAGCCCCACAGUUUGGGAACCACUGUUGUAGAUGACUUUUCAUCUUGUGGUCAUAUACUCUGCAGGGGUUCCCAAACCUUUUGAGCCCACAACCCCAUUUUGAUAUCUGAAAAUUCUCGCAACCCCGACUAGGGCUGUGGCGGGCCAUGAAAUUGUCAGCCGGUUAUUGUCAUGCAAAAGAAAGCCGGCCUCACGGUAAAUGACAGUUAAUUAACAUGAACACGUUUAGCAUCUCCAGGCCCCUAAUGCACGCCUUUGGAACAUCUACAUAAAAAAAACUCUUAAUAAAUCAAUUUAAUAUACACCAUCACAAUAAAUCCAUGAUUUAUUUUAGUCAGGUCUAAAGAAACAUUGUGAUAUGAAGAAAAUGUAUUUCAGAAGAACAGAAUAUGAGUUGGCCUACUGUAUGUUAGUUAUCUGGCUAUGCUCAAUGCCAUAGGCUGUAGGCUUGUUCAUUUAGCCGACAAGAUAUGCUUAUAAGUCCCGUGCCAUUGUUUUAUUUUAUAUGAUUUUAUAGUAAGAAGAAUAUAAUUGAACUUAGCUGAAUAAAAUAGAAAGGAUAUUUGUCCCAUUACGGAGCGAGUGCGCAUAUGAAGUGAGCGUAAAAGUGAUCAUUUGAAACAUAUAUGCUAGAUUUAGAGUUAUUUGGCAACUUUAGUUGUGAAUGAUACAAACCUUAGAAUGUCUUAGAAAUCAAAACAUACACUACAUGACCAAAAGUAUGUGGACAUCUGCUCGUCGAACAUCUCAUUCCAAAAUCAUGGGCAAUAAUAUGGAGUUGGUCCCCCCUUUGCUGCUAUAACAGCCUCCACUUCUGGGAAGGCUUUCCACUAGAUGUUGGAACAUUGCUGCAGGGACUUGCUUCCAUUCAGCCACAAGAGCAUUAGUGAGGUCGGGCACUGAUGUUGGGCGAUUAGGCCUGGCUCGCAGUCGGUAUUCCAAUUCACCCCAAAGGUGUUUGAUGGCGUUGAGGUCAGGGCUCUGUGCAGACCAGUCAAGUUCUUCUAGACCGAUCUGGACAAACCAUUUCUCCAUGGACCUCGCUUUGUGCACGGGGGCAUUGUCAUGCUGAAACAGGAAAGGGCCUUCCCCAAACUGUUGCCACAAAUUUGGAAGCACAGAAUUGUCUAGAAUGUCAUUGUAUGCUGUAGCGUUAAGAUUUCCCUUCACUGGAACUAAGGGGCCUAGCCCGAACCAUGAAAAACAGUCCCAGACAUUUUUCCUCGUCCACCAAAUUUUACAGUUGGCGCUAUGCAUUGGGGUAGGUAGUGUUCUCCUGGCAUCUGCCAAAACCCAGAUUCGUCCAUCGGACUGUCAAAUGGUGAAGCUUGAUUCAUCACUCCAGAGAACGUGUUUCCACUGCUCCAGAGCCCAAUGGCGGUGAGCUUUACACCACUCCAGCUGACGCUUGGCAUUGCGCAUGGUGAUCUUAGGCUUCUGUGCGGCUGCUCUGCCAUGGAAACCCAUUUCAUGAAGCUCUCGAUGAACAGUUAUUGUGCUGACAUUGCUUCCAGAGGCAGUUUGGAACUCGGAGUGUUGCAACCGAGGACAGAUUAUUUUUACAUGCCUCAGCACUCAGCGGUCCCGUUCUGUGAGCUUGUGUGGCCUACCACUUCGCGGCUGAUCUGUUGUUGCUCCUAGACGUUUCCACUUCACAAUAACAGCACUUACAGUUGACCGGGGCAGCUCUAGCAGGGCAGAAAUUUGAUGAACUGACUUGUUGGAAAGGUGGCAUCCUAUGACAGUGCCACGUUGAAAGUCACUGAGCUCCUCAGUAAGGCCAUUCUACUGCCAAUGUUUGUCUAUGGAGAUUGCAUGACUGUGUGCUCGAUUGUAUACACCUGUCAGCAACGGGUGUGGCUGAAAUAGCUGACUCCACUAAUUUGAAUUUAAAGGUCUCAUCCUCUCCACAGAUCCCUGCAUAAGUCUCACAUCACAAUGUGAAAACAUUAGCCUGGAUGUCAGGGGAAACCCACAACACAUAGAGCCCUGAAGUCGCUGUGGUAACAGCUUAAUGAAAUGACCCUCCUCAUAUCCAUGCCCUUGCGACCCAUGACAUUUCAGAUGGUGAUGGGGUGUGCAGAGAGGGGUUCUUACUCAGUUACCCAUGCCACAAACCCUCAUUCACGUUCACUACCUGUGUGUCUGUGGUGACCCUCAAUUGGUCUCAAUUCCCUCUACUUCAUCAAUGUCCUUUGUUGAGACUUGUAUAGUUAGUGUACUGUCUUAUCACUAAACCAGGGAAAUGCACAUUUGAUGGGGAUCGGGGGCCACAAAAAAAACUGCUUGUGUGUCUGCGUACCCACAUCCAUACCCCCCUCCCACCUUGUGAGCAAAACAUUUUAGUGUCCCCCUCGUGACAGCAAAAAAAAAAAAAAAAAAAACCUUUAAAGUUGAUUUUCUGCAAUUCUACACAUUUUGCCAUAGGGUGGAGGCAAAUGUUUGCCGUUUUUAAUAUGAUAACUGAUGAUCAAUGGGCCCCACCACGGUCGGUAAUUCGACCAUGCUUACUACAACUUUACAUAGCUGGCCGCUAGACUAACUUACCAAUCUAAAACAAUUUAGCUGACAUGGGCUAAUUGAGUGACUGCUGAUGCACAACCAAAUGUAUAUUAUUCUAACUCUCAACAGUAAGUUGAGACCCCGACUGAGUUUUUAUUGGUCCUACAAAAGGGGGGCUGCGGGCAUUCAAUUGCCCAUCCCUGCCCUAAACAAUAGCACCUCAGUCCACCAUUAGGCAACAUGUUCACAACAUUUUACUUCUCGUUUCUAUUUGUGACCCAAUUUAUCUGGAAUUCAAUGUGUGUUGUUAUUCCCUUUUGUUAGCAUAACAAGGGUUUACGUUAUUUUUUUCAAAAUGUUUCAUUGUUUCAUUCGUGUGAAAGGCUUCUCCCCUCGCACCCUAGUCUCGAAAACCCGCCCCUAGGCAACAGCGGAGACUAGGGUCUGGUUUCAAUUCCGGACUCUUUUGGCAACUUCGAUAAGGGGAAGCAAUUUUUCUCCGGGGUGGGCCAUCACAACAAAUCACAAGGCAGAAACCAAAGUUUGCAGGCAAAACCUUUGCAGUGGUUUUAGUGAAGGUAGUUGAUGCAAACUAGCCACUUGCAAAAUGCACUCAUUAAAAAUGACCUCUGUGAUCUCCAUCGUGCUAGCUACUAUUUGGUAUUCUAUUCAAGUGGAUAAGGUAGUGACGUGAAUUAGUUCCUCUAUGCCAGGGGUCUCCAACGUUUUCUAGCAUGAGAGCUACUUUUUUUCUCUACCUUUCAAGUAGGCACAUUCUUCUCUUCUCCUCUCCCCUGCAACUCUUCCCCGGGUCCUUAGUGUACAAGAGAAAUUAGUGCACCAUUGUUUCUGUCAAUAUACCUGGAAAUAAAUGGUUAAUAGCAACUCUAAUCGGGGCCCUAUAAAAUAUUUGAUUUUUUUCUUCUCCCAAAUUAUGUUUGAUGUUUUUAUUUUUCAUGGUUUUAGAUGUUUUGUUUUUCACUCAAAAUUACAAUUGUUCAUAGAGAAAAAACUAAAUAGGAUAUUCUGAGUCGUCCAUGUCAAUGCUUAACCCUCCCGUUGUCCUAGGGUCAAAAUGACCCACCACUGUGUUGAACCAACUUUAUUUAAUUUUUAUAUUUUUGGGAUCAUUUGUGAGAAGGAGGCAGUGAUACUUUCUUUAAAGUCUCACUGCCUCCUUCUCACAAAUGAUCCCCAAAAUAUAAAAAUUAAAUAAAGUUGGUUCAACACAGUGGUGGGUCAUUUUGACCCUAGGACAACGGGAGGAAUCACAUUAGAAUACCGUUUUUUAGGUCUUGAAGAAAACGAAGAUUGCUAUUUUUUGGUGUGUAAUUCCCCUUUAAAUGUGCAUCUAGCGAAUAGAAAUGUGCCGGUCAAUGGUUCUGUACUGCUGCUGCUCAUUUCAUGGCUAAGUUUGCAAAUAACAAAUAAUAGACACAAAUGAUAUACUUCUGCCAGGUGAGCCUACUUAACAUUUAAUUGUUGUUUAAAGUAUCACAUCAACUGUCUACACACGGAGUGAUAGACAAACGCAUACACCACAGACGGGCAAAAUUGCUGGAAAUUAAUUAGCAGAUAUUGUGUUAUGUUUGGCUUUUUAAGCCAAUAGUGGCUAACCAGGGGUGGGAUAAUAUCAAUGUUGCGUUGAUUAGAUAGUAGCUGGCAGCUUGUGGUGUCUGAUACUUGUGAGAUUUGUUUAUAACAGUUUGCGGUGGAAAACAUGAAAUAUUGCAUGUACUUUCUGAAUUGUUUGGCGAGCUACUCAUAUGUGGGCUGAGAACUACUGGUAGCUUGCGAUCGACCUGUUGGAGACCCCUGCUCUAUGCUAAAAGAGACCGUCAUUGAAACAAACCAGACCCUAGUCUUUGCUGUUGCCUAGGGUUGUGUUUUCGAGACUACUCGCACUCUGACUUCAUGCUCUUCUCUCUCUCGCUCUCUCUCAGGUUCAUCUUGCAGUCUAAAGAAGAUAUCAACACACAGCUGACUUACAAACAGAAGACAGCAGAUGAGAAAAUUAAGGAGCUUGAGGUAUGCAGUAAUAUUGACACAGAUAGGCCUAUGUGUGCACACAUAUCCAUACACUUUUGAAUAUUUAAAAGGUUCAAGCCUUUAUCUCUCCCACUUAGUUUAAUGGUCUUGUAGUGUUGGGAUCAAUUCACUUUUAAAUUCACUCAAUUAAGGAUGUGAAUUGAAAUGCAACUCAUCAAUUGCAGUUUUCAAUUAGGGAUUUUAAAAUACACAAGUUGAAUUUCCAGUCACUUUCUGAAUUGACCCAAACCCUACUGUAGAUGUUGUAGUCAAUGCACGGUGUGUCCUAAAACCAGUUAUUGCAUUAUUUCCAUUUGUGGAAAGCCGCUCUUUAAAAAAAAUCAGAGACGGAUGUUUGUUUUCUUUUUGCGGUCUCCAAUAUACCCUGUAACAUUUUCUGUACCAUGUAUGCCAUUCAUAUUUGAGACCAGUCUAAUUCAAAUGAAUGAUGGCUUAAGGGCAUUUUUAUAUCGGGUUGUAACAGAUAUCUGAAAAAACAGACUUCUCAUGUUUGCCAAAUACAAAUGGUGCAAAUAGUAUAUAAUUAACUUCUAAAAUAUACACGUGUUCUUCCCUUAUGAAGUCUGUGGCUGUGUGAACGGCCCUGUGUCUAUUUUAAGCAACUUGACAGUGACACUGGGUUAUCAGGCCAUGAAGGAAGAGACUGAGAAAAGCAUCUCUCUAUCGCAGCAUGCAUGGAAUUCUCUCCCCUAAGUGUGUAGAUAUACAAAGUGACACCGAGACUUAAACACUCCCACAACUUCUCUGUAGCAUCUUUAAGUGGAACUCCAAGAGCUGAUCCUUACUCAUGUUUUAGCAGACACAAAUAGCUUUUCCUGGGUAUUGAGUUGGGGUUUCAUUCCCAUUUCUCUAUUUCUGAAGUACAUAGAAAUGCACUCCUUAUUAGACGUUUAAUGACCAAUUCAACUAACAUGGAAUUUAUUACCCUAACAACUAGUGUCAAAGACCUUGAUUGAACCUGUGGUGUGAGAUGUAUGAUGUUAGGGUGUCAGAAUGACUUUCCAGCCUGGCCUGUCAAGAACAUGGCCUGUGGGGACAAAACUCCCAUACACCACCCUGUACCAUAGGAAAUAUUGGUCACAAAGAAUGGCGUCCGCUGGAACUUUUUAAAACAAAUGCUUCUCACUGGGGUCCUUUGUCUGCAAUCGACCAGAAGAGCAGUUCCUAGUUUCCUCCUUGUGGAAACAAGCAUUGGGUUCAGUGGGAUUUCCCUUUGUUAUAUCAAUCAGCAGUUGGUUUGGUGCCACUUGUUGUUGGAUCAAUAGGCACCUUUCCACUCUUCAAUGUAACAUAAGUGCAAAGUAGAAUACAACUGUAUAUUUCAGGGAAGGGAUGUUGUGUCAUGUGCUCCAUUGGGCCUUGUGUAUCAAAGGACAAGGAAUGAUCAUACAAGGGAGCUACUGUGGUUGUGUUCUACGCAAACAAAGGGAAGUGUAACUUCUGUGGACACCUGGGAGGUCCUGCUCGAAACAGUUGAGCCUGUCUUACUCCACACAGACCUCCUAUGCCCCAGAACAGGAGCAGGAUGACACAGGGACAUGUCUGGGUAUAAAAAUAUAUAUAUUGCACUGAUUUAUAACUGUGGUUUUGGGCUCAUCUGUGUUGAUACAGUGCAUUCCUAAAGUAUUCAGACCCCUUCCUUUUUUCCACAUUUUGCUAUGUUACAUCCUUAUUCUAAAAUUGAUUAAAUAAAUAAAAACAUCUAAUCAAUCUACACACAAUACCCCAUAAUGACAAAGCGAAAACAGUUUUUUAGAUAUUUUAGCAAAUGUAUAACAAAUAAACAACAGAUACCGUAUUUACAUAAGUAUUCAGACCCUUUGCUAUGAGACUCGAAAUUGAGCUCUGGUGCAUCCAGUUUCCAUUGAUCAUCCUUGAAAUGUUUCAACAACUUGAUUGGGGUCCACCUGUGGUAAAUUCAAUUGAUUGGACAUGAUUUGGAAAGGCACACACCUGUCUAUAUAAGGUCCCACAGUUGACAGUGCAUGUCAGAGCAAAAACCAAGCCAUGAGAUCGAAGGAAUUGUCCGUAGAGCUCCGAUACAGGAUUGUGUUGAGGCACAGAUCUGGGGAAGGGUACCCAACAAAUUAUGCAGAUUGUUUUCUACACACAAUCCCCCAUAACGCUUGGCAUUCAGGCCUAAGAGUUCAAUCUUGUUUCUCAUAUUCUGAGAUUCUUUAGGUGCCUUUUGUCAAACUCCAAGCGGGCUGUCAUGUGCCUUUUACUGAGAAGUGGCUUCCCUCUGGCCACUCUACCAUAAAUGCCUGUGCUGCAGAGAUGGUUGUCCUUCUGGAAAGUUCUCCCAUCUCCACAGAGGAACUCUGGAGCUCUGUCAGAGUGACCAUCGGGUUCUUGGUCACCUCCCUGACCAAGGCUCUUCUCCCCUGAUUGCUCAGUUUUGCCAGGCAGCCAGCUCUAGUAAGAGUCUUCGUGGUCCCAAACUUAUUCCACUGUCUUCUUGGGGACCUUCAAUGCUGCAGAAAUGUUUUGGUAUGCUUCCCCAGAUCUGUGCUUCGACACAAUCCUGUCUCGGAGCUCUACGGACAACUCCUUCGACCUCAUGGCUUGGUUUAUGCUCUGACCUUAUAUAGACAGGUGUGUGCCUUUCCAAAUCAUGUCCAAUCAAUUUGAAUUUACCACAGGUGGACUCCAAUGAAAUUGUAGAAACAUCUCAAGGAUGAUCAAUGGAAACAGGAUGCACCUGAGCUCAAUUCUGAGUCUCAUACAAAAUUAUGUGGACACCCCUUUAAAUGAGUGGAUUCAGCUAUUUCAGCCACACCCUUUGCUGACAAGUGUAUAAAAUCGAGCACACAGCCAUGCAAUCUUCAUAGACAAACAUUGGCAGUAGAAUAGCCUUACUGAAGAGCUCAGUGACAUUCAACGUGGACACUGUCAUAGGAUGCCACCUUUCCAAUAAGUCAGUUCGUCAAAUUUCUGCCCUGCUAGAGCUGCCCUGGUCAACUGUAAGUGCUGUUAUUGUGAUGUGGAAACGUCUAGGAGCAACAACGGCUCAGCCGCGAAGUGGUAGGCCACAAAUGGCCACAGAACGGCACCGCCGAGUGCUGAAGCGCUUAGCAAGUAAAAAUUGUUUGUCCUCUGUUGCAACACUCACUACAGAGUUCCAAACUGCCUCUGGAAGCAAUGUCAGCACAAAAACUGUUCGGCGGGAGCUUCAUGAAAUGGGUUUCCUUGGCCGAGCAGCCGCACACAAGUCUAAGAUUACCAUUCGCAAUGCCAAGCGUCGGCUGGAGUGGUGUAAAGCUCUCUGCCAUUGGACUCUGGAGCAGGGGAAACAUUCUCUGGAGAGAUGAAUCACGCUUCACCAUCUGGCAGUCCGAUGGACAAAUCUGGGUUUGGCGGAUGCCAGGAGAACGCUACCUGCCCCAAUGCAUAGUGCCAACUGUAAAGUUUGGUGGAGGAGGAAUAAUGGUCUGGGUUCAGGCACCUUAGUUCCAGUGAAGGGAAAUCUUAAUGCUACUGCAUACAAUUACAUUCUAGAUGAUUCUGUGCUUCCGACUUUGUAGCAACUGUUUGGGGAAGGCCCUUUCCUGUUUCAGCAUGACAAUGCCCCCGUGCACAAAGUGAGGUCCAUACAGAAAUGAUUUGUCAAGGUCUGUGUGGAAGAACUUGACUGGCCUGCACAGAGCCCUGACCUCAACCCCAUCGAACACCUUUGGGAUGAAUUGGAACUCCCGACUGCGAGCCAGGCCUAAUCGCCCAACAUCUGUGCCCGACCUCACUAAUGCUCUUGUGGCUGAAUGUUCCAACAUCUAGUGGAACGCCUUCCAAGAAGAGUGGAGGCUGUUAUCGCAGCAAAGGGUGGACCAACUCCACAUUAUUACUCAUGAUUUUAGAAUGAGAUGUUCGACGAGCAGGUGUCCAUAUACUUUUGGUCAUGUAGUGUACAUCCCCCUAUAUGCUGAUAUAGGCCCAUAUGUUUCUGUGGAGCAUGGCUGACUAGGUAGUAGUAGUAGCACUCUUUAUUAUCAAUUGACUGGCUUUAGGCCUAUAAAUUCAUAUAAACAUAAAUGAUGUGCCCAGUCUAGAGCGUUGCUGUGUCAGUGACCAUGUGUUGAAUUAAUCCUAAACUAUCAGUGAAUGAUGCUGUAAGUCCCUUUAUGGCAGUGAGGCUGCCUGAGGGCGUGGGUUUAUCUUGGCUGGCUGGUAGACUCUACGGCCGACUGGCUCUAUCACUGGGUGUUUCACAACCACACUCUCUGACAUUCUCUGACUCGCUCACCAGUUGUCCACACACCACUUAGAUCUUAAUGUAGAGUCACUUUUCAUAGAAACUAGCUCCAGGAGUGGAUAUUUGGGUAAUUCUUUGUACAGAAUGGGUAGUUCUUUGUACAGAAAGGUUUAAAUGGUAUUCCCCUCGAUUUCACUUCAAUUUCAGGAAAUCCUAUUUAGGAUGUGUCUCUGUAUGUAGGUCUCUUUGUGUGGGCAUGUUCAUGUACAUGUAUCCAUUUCUGGUGUUCCCCAGUAUUGUGAAGAGAUCUGCCAUCAUCUCCAGAAAUGAAAAAGGGAAAUGAUCCCUCUGAGGUCAUGAUGGGUAAUUGAGUGGUUGACUUAAUCUGUCCUCUGUCCUCUCCACAGCAAAGGAAGACGUACCUGGAGCGCACCGUGAAGGAUGCUGAGGACAACAUUAGAGAAAUGCUCAUGUCCAGGAGGGCCCAGUGAGAUAUAAACACCAAUACAAACUCAUUGACAAAUGCAGUCUGCUAUUGUCCAAAUGGAGUCUGUAGAGUUUUUCUGGCUUCUGUGACAUCUGCCCUGUUACUUAAGAUAUACAAUCUGAAGGGACUGUAUCUUCACAUUACCUUAGGCAAGUUAAAUCAUCCGCUUGUAAAGUGUCUUGCAAUGUCAUUUUAACUUCUCAGCUGUUUUUGUUUGUUACUGCUGCAGUUUGUUGAUAUGAUAAUAAAAAUGGGUAUUGUAACGAGA